GGAGGAGAGGAGCGGAUCGCAUCAGACCUGCUGGUUGCUGUUCUCUGAACCUGCGGACCCCCCCCCCCCAGCUGAGACACCUGCGUCCUGCUUCAUCAUGGCAACCUUUCCAGAGUACAUCGCCCAGAAUGAGGAGCGCGAUGGCGUCCGCUUCAGCUGGAACGUCUGGCCGUCCAGCCGCCUGGAGGCCACCCGGAUGGUGGUGCCGGUGGCAGCGCUGUUCACCCCCCUCAGGGAGAGAACCGACCUGCCCCCCAUCCAGUACGAGCCGGUGCUGUGCAGCCGUGCCACCUGCCGGGCAGUCCUCAACCCUCUAUGCCAGGUGGACUACAGAGCCAAGCUGUGGGCCUGCAACUUCUGCUACCAGAGGAACCAGUUCCCCCCGUCCUACGCUGGGAUCUCUGAGGUCAACCAGCCUGCUGAACUGCUGCCUCAUUUCUCUACCAUCGAGUACGUGGUGCAGCGGGGCCCUCAGAUGCCGCUGGUCUUCCUGUACGUUGUGGACACCUGCAUGGAGGACGAGGACCUGCAGGCUCUGAAAGAGUCUCUCCAGAUGUCCCUGUCCCUGCUGCCCCCAACCGCUCUGGUGGGACUCAUCACCUUCGGACGCAUGGUUCAGGUCCAUGAGCUGGGCUGUGAAGGAAUUGCCAAGAGCUACGUCUUCCGGGGAACCAAGGACCUGAACGCUAAGCAGCUGCAGGACAUGCUCGGUCUCACCAAACCCUCUGCAGCUCAGGGCCGCGGCCCUCAGGCCUCCCAGCAGCAGCCUCUGUCCAACAGGUUCCUGCAGCCUGUACAGAAGAUUGACAUGAACCUGACAGAUCUUCUGGGGGAGUUGCAGAGGGACCCCUGGCCUGUCACUCAGGGGAAGAGGCCCCUGCGCUCGCUGGGUGUGGCUAUGUCUAUUGCUGUGGGGCUUCUGGAGUGCACCUUUCCUAACACCGGAGCCCGCAUCAUGACAUUCAUUGGGGGCCCAGCCACGCAGGGACCCGGUAUGGUGGUGGGAGAUGAGCUGAAGACCCCCAUCAGGUCCUGGCACGACAUUGAGAAGGACAAUGCCAAGUUCAUGAAGAAAGCCACCAAACAUUUUGAGGCUCUGGGCAACAGAGCUUCCACUAAUGGUCACAUCAUCGACAUCUAUGCCUGCGCCCUGGAUCAGACGGGUCUGCUGGAGAUGAGAUGCUGCCCCAACCACACAGGAGGAUACAUGGUGAUGGCCGACUCCUUCAACACGUCUCUGUUCAAGCAAACCUUCCAGAGGGUUUUCACCAAAGACGUUCAGGGAUCCUUCAAGAUGGCGUUUUCUGCCACGGUGGAGGUGAAGACAUCCAGAGAGAUCAAAGUGUGCGGAGCCAUCGGCCCCUGUGUGUCUCUGCACGCCAAAGGACCCUGCGUGUCUGAGAAUGAGAUCGGGACGGGAGGAACGUGUCAGUGGAAGAUCUGCGGACUGGAUGCCAGCACCACCAUGGCUCUUUACUUCGAGGUUGUGAACCAGCAUAACGCUCCAAUCCCUCAAGGCGGCCGCGGAGCGAUCCAGUUUGUCACUCAGUACCAGCACUCCUCCGGACAAAGACGCAUCCGAGUCACCACCACUGCACGCAACUGGGCCGAUGCUCAGACUCAGAUCCAGAGCAUAGCAGCGUCGUUCGAUCAGGAGGCGGCGGCCAUCUUGAUGGCCAGGCUGGCGGUUUACCGAGCAGAAACGGAGGAGGGACCUGACGUACUCCGCUGGUUGGACAGACAGCUGAUUAGGCUGUGUCAGAAGUUUGGAGAUUACCAUAAGGAUGACCCGAACUCCUUCAGGUUCUCAGAGACCUUCUCCCUCUACCCUCAGUUCAUGUUCCACCUGCGGCGCUCCCCGUUUCUUCAGGUCUUUAACAACAGUCCUGAUGAAAGCUCCUACUACCGACACCACUUCAACAGGCAGGACCUGACCCAGGCCCUCAUCAUGAUCCAGCCUGUGCUUUACGCCUACUCCUUCAACGGACCUCCUGAGCCGGUUCUGUUGGACAGUAGCAGCAUCCUGCCAGACCGGAUCCUGCUAAUGGACACCUUCUUCCAGAUCGUCAUCUACCAUGGAGAGACCGUGUCCCAGUGGAGGAAGGCCAGGUACCAGGACAUGCCCGAGUACGAGAACUUCAAACACCUCCUCCAGGCGCCAGUGGACGACGCUCAGGAGCUGCUGCACACCCGCUUCCCCAUGCCCAGAUACAUCGACACAGAGCAUGGCGGCAGCCAGGCUCGCUUCCUGCUCUCCAAAGUCAACCCUUCUCAGACCCACAACAACAUGUACGCCUGGGGACAGGAGUCCGGGGCUCCAAUCCUCACUGACGACGUCAGUCUGCAGGUCUUCAUGGAUCACCUGAAGAAGCUGGCUGUCUCCAGCGCCGCCUGAUCGGGUUGUCGGUUCUGUUUGUGCUGUAGCUGCCUGAAGCAAACGACAAGCCUUGGUUCCGUUAGCGCCGCUCUCAGCAGCAGGUCCAGGACUCCGUUAUACAUCAUCCCCUCUGGGUCUCCUCUCACCAUCACCAACCUCCAGCUGGGGCAUCAGAACCUCCAGCUGGGGCAUCAUUUGUGUUUACACUCUUGGUUUCUAUUUAUGAGUUCAGUUUUUUCUCCCUGACUGGUCUCUUUAGAGCGCCGGUUUUCAUUUCAGAAACUCAACAUGUUGUCAUGGCAACCCCUAAUGUUUGCAGUAAAGUUGUGUGUGGA